UGCAAACAGCCUGCACUUGAGGGUAAGAGAGGCAGAAAUGUCUAAUUUUGACCCCAAUGCCAUUCUCCGUGGUGCCCAGCUCACUCUGGUUGGCGUCAAUCGCGCCCUCCAGAAUCCAGAACUGUUUACCUCUACUCACUAUCGUCAGGCUGCAAUAUCUGUAGCUGCCGGUAUCGCCAUUCGCCUCAUCGUUGCUGUUCCCAUAAUUGGAGUGAGGGCCCUGCUAUGGUUUCUCUCUCUGUUCAUAAACAUGGACCAUGCACAGUGGGACAACGAUGUGACAAACGGCUUGCAUUUCCUGGAGCAUUCUGUCCUCCAGGUCCCCUUCUUCUUAAUGACACUUAUGCGCUAUCUCACCCCGACUCUGGACCAGAUGUUCAUGGAUUCUCUCCGCUGGGUGGACCAGACAUAUGUGCAGAAGCACAAAAGCGAGGAUCCUCACAACCUCCGCGCCCUCUAUUACCCCAACCUCCAAUUGUAUUCCACCCACGCUGCCCCUGGGGAAAAGAAGAAAACAAGCCUCAAAGAGGCCUUGGUCAUCUUCUUCUUGCGAUAUGGCCGUAAGACUGCCAUUUCGCUGACUGUACUGGCAUUGUCCUAUGUGCCUUACGUUGGCCGCUUCGUCCUCCCCGCUGCCAGCUUCUAUACCUUCAGCAGUGCAGUUGGGCCGCAGCCGGCGUUAGUUAUCUUCAGCAGCUCCAUUCUGCUACCUCGGAGAUAUAUUGUGACCUUUUUGCAGUCUUAUUUCUCUUCCCGCACUCUGAUGCGUGAGCUGCUUGAACCGUAUUUUUCUCGCGUUCGUUAUACGAAAGAGCAGAAAAAGCAGUGGUUCCAGGACCGUGCUGGCGUUCUUUUUGGCUUCGGACUGGGCUUCUUCGUUUUCGUCAAGAUUCCGCUUGUUGGGGUUUUGAUAUAUGGGCUUGCUGAGGCCUCUACUGCCUACCUCAUCACAAAAGUUACGGAUCCGCCGCCUCCCCCAUCAGAAGCCGAGGAGUUCAAGAAAGACUCCAUCCGCUGGAAGAACAAGCAUGACUUCUUGAGUCUGCCAUGGGAGAUGCUUGACGCCCACAAUAUCGAAAUGCAUCAGCCGAAGCGGCAAUCCGAUGUCCGACAAACUCCGCGCAAGACUUUUAGCUAAUGUGAAGCAGCAACAGCCCCAUUUCAGCUCAUGAGCAGGAAAGCGGCGGUAGAAUAGAUAUUCAGGGAGAUUUACCCUUAUUCCCUUAGACCAGUUG